AUGGCGUCCAAGAAGUUCGCCCAUUGGAACGGCUUCCCCUUCAUGACCGCCCCGCGAACGAAAUACUACUCUGGCCAGACGCAAUCCCCGCUCUUCCGACUAUCCCGCGAGAUUCGGGAUAUCAUCUAUGAAUACUACGCACUAGGAGAAGGCGACAAUGGCUACCAUUACGACAGUGAAACCGGGAAGAUGCUCGAGCAUUCGCCAUCUUCAGAGCCUAAGCGCGUUGUUCGCCUUGGUCUUAUGAUUACAUGUCGCAUUGCUGCUGAGGAGCUCAAGAACUGCGCUUUCCACUUCAGCGACGCUCUUCAACAUAUCCUCAUUCUGGCAAAAACCCGCGAUCCGCCCAAAUUCGCGGAGCUGGCCUGUAGUGUGUUUGGUUUGGGCAGGUGCCCACUGGCUCCUUGGAACAUCUCUGACCCCCACAACAACUACUUUGAUGAAGGCGCAUUGUACAGCGUCUUUUCCUGGCAUCCCAACUCGUGGAUGUUACCAAGCAACGAAGAUCUGGCUAAGCUAGAGGCUCUUAUCUGUUUACCUGUCGACUCAGACUUUCGUCACCCGAUGGCGGAGGAUGGGACCUUCUACUUUGAAGACAUAUCAGACCACGUCCGGGCCUCUGGAUGCACUCUCUGGUACUUCUCGGCGGCAUCUAUUGCGAUCGACUUCUGUGAGUAA